AUGACAAAGUUUCGGCCAUGCAUCGACCUGCAUGCGGGCCAGGUCAAACAGAUCGUUGGGGGUACAUUGAGCACAAGUGAAUCAGAAUUAAAGACCAACUACAUAUCCAAGCAUCCGGCCGAAUACUUUGCAACACUGUACCGUGAUGCCAACCUUUUGGGUGCCCAUGUUAUCAUGCUAGGUCCUGGAAAUGAUGCUGCAGCCAAAGAGGCAUUGGCAGCUUGGCCGGGCCAUCUACAGGUAGGAGGUGGCAUCACCGAUGUCAAUGCAAAGGAAUGGAUUGCUGCUGGAGCUGAAAGGGUCAUCAUUACUUCGUUCCUAUUCCCUAAUGGCCGCUUCUCCCUGGAACGACUGCAAUCGGUGUUGUCGUCGCUGGACAACGACAGAUCCAAGCUUGUGGUCGACCUGAGCUGUAGGCGGAAAGACGAUACGUGGUUUGUUGCCAUGAACAAAUGGCAGACUAUAACGGAAAUGGAGGUCACGAAAGAGAGCAUCCAGCUCCUCGAGCCAUAUUGUUCUGAAUUUCUGAUCCAUGCUGCCGAUAACGAAGGCCUCCAACAAGGCAUUGAUACCAGGCUCGUGAAGGAAUUGUCCCAAUGGUGCAGCAUUCCGAUCACCUAUGCGGGCGGAGCACGAAAUGUGGAAGACCUCGACUUGGUCAAGUCAUGUAGUGGUGGAAGUGUUGACUUGACGAUUGGCAGUGCUUUGGAUGUCUUUGGUGGUUCCGGUGCAAAGUUUGAAGACUGCGUGAAAUGGAACCAGCAACACGGGAGCUGA